CAGUAGAACCGGAAGCGCCGUAGUGACAGCAGUAGACAUGGCGUCCACCGCGGCGACCCGAGCAGCAGCUGGAGCUUCUAGAGUUGUUAAACCCAUCUUUAGCCGCGACCUGGACGAAGCUAAGCGCCGGGUCCGGGAGCUGUACCGAGCCUGGUACCGAGAGGUCCCCAACACAGUGGCAGUGUUUCAGCUGGACAUCCCAGUGCGUCAGGGAAGAGACAAAGUGAGGGAGAUGUUCGACAAAAACAAGCACGUCACUGACCCCCGUGUGAUCGACAUGUUAGUCAUUAAGGGGAAAAUGGAACUCCAGGAAACGAUCCACGUCUGGAAGCAGAAGACCCACGUAAUGCGCUAUUUUAACGAGACUCAGGAGCCUCGCGGCACAGACUUCCUGUCCAAAUUCUACGUGGGUCAUGACCCAUGAACUGUGUGACUGUCUGCUGACCUCUGACCCCUCUUUGCUUGUAUCCAGUGUGACAGAUGUUCCCCUUUACUGUAAAUACACACUUAACACUCACAUA